CAUCUGCCAAUAUGAUAUUCGAUAAAUGUCAUACAAAGUGACACUCCAUCAUCAUGUUAGUAAUUAAAUAAAAUUUUAGUAAAAUGUUAUUAAAUCUCACCAAAAAUUUAGAUGUACAUAGAGUUUCAGUUAUAAGAAAUACAAGUAAGUAUCUAGAAGCAGAACCAAAAGCACCAGAAGUCAAAACAGCAAGUGUACCAGGUCCCAAAGGCAAAGAACUAUUUUCUAAAUUGAAAUUAUUCCAAAAUGUUGAAGAUAUUGAAUUGUUUACAAAUUAUUCUAAAUCAAAAGGCAAUUACCUAGUAGAUGCAGAUGGAAAUACUUUUCUAGAUGUUAAUAUGCAAGGAUCUCGGUUGCCUCUAGGAUAUAACUACAAAGAAUUGGAGAAGGUUUUACCAGAUUGUUUGCCUGCCCUUUUAAACCCUAUGAGUUUGUCUACAUUUCCUGAUUUAUGCUACCCAGUAAAAAUUGAAAAUUUAUUGAAGAAGAUAUCUCCAAAGAUACCAAAUGUCUGUAUAUGUCCUUGUGAUUCUUCGGCCGUGGAACAAGGUAUGAAGUCAAUGAUGAUAAGUUACAAAAAAUAUGAGAGGGGCAAAAUAGUUGACAAAAAAACUCUCAAGUCAGCUUUGUUAAAUCAACCACCAGGUUCACCGCCGAUUUCAAUUUUAUCAUUUACAAAUUCUCUCCACGGAUCUACAUUGGGCGCUUUGAAUGUAACUCAUUUCAAUCCUUGGUUGAAGCUUGAUGUACCCAGUUUUGAUUGGCCAAUAGCUGUUUAUCCGGAGUAUAGAUACCCUCUGAUGGAAAAUGUUGGAUAUAAUGAUUACCAGGAUAGCAAAGCUCUAACUAUGGUAGAGGAUCUUAUUGUCAAAUGGGAUAAAAAAGGCAUACCCGUAGCUGGAAUCAUCAUUGAAUCUAUACAAUGUGCCACUAACAACGUAGCUUCUGCGCAUUUUUAUCAAAAAUUGGAAGAACUGUCUUAUAAAUAUGGUUUAUAUUUCAUGCUGGACGAAACUAAAACAUGUUGUGGUAUCACCGGUCGAUUUUGGGCACACGAACAUUUCUGUUUGAAGUGUCCACCAGACUUGGUCAGUUUUGGCGGAAAGGCUCAAAUAUCCGGAUUUAUGCAUAGCGAGAAUCUAAAUCCAAAAGCAAAAGACCGUCUUGUGAACCUGUCAGCUGGAUCAGCAACAAAACUGUUUUUGUUCGAAGAAAUAAUCAAACAAAUAGAACAACACAACUUAUUGCACAACGUUAGAACAACCGGAGACGCUCUGUUGAGCGGAUUAAUAGAUAUGUCAAAUAGAUAUGAUGGAUUGAUUCAUUCGAUUCGAGGCUUAGGAUUAUAUUUAGCAUUUGAUGUUCAAUGUACAAAUCUUAGAGACGAUUUUGUUCAAAAACUUAGAAGAAGAGGUAUACUAUGUGGCCAAUGUGGAAAUAGUGGAAUCACAUUGAGACCCGCCUUAAUCUUCACAAAAACUCAUGCUUGUAUUCUCCUAGAUAAAUUAGAGCAAUUAUUAAAAGAAACAGAGUUGAUUGAACCAAAAGAUCCGACCACAGAAGUUCGGAAAGCAGCAAGAUGCGUUAAGAAAAAGUUUAUUUGCGAAAAAGCGAAAGAAAAAAUAUCAAAGGCCAAAUGCCCAAAGGUAUCGAAAAAAGAAACCUGUCCGGCAGAAAGAACCGAAAACGUUCCACCAAAGAAGUGUUUGAAGCCAAAAAUAUGUUCCCUGCCUAAGGAUACUGAUCUUAAAUCAAAGCCUGGUGAUUCAAAUUGUUUGAAAGAAAUAAAAUAUGUAUCUAAAUGUACUAAAUCCAAAACUAAGUCUCUAUGUCCUCAAGAAAAUUUGGAAAGUAAAAGAUGUAAAGCACGUUCAGAUACACAAUUAACAUCAUCUCGAUCUGAUACCAGAGGAAAAGAGUGUAAUGAUCAAAGAAAAUCAUCCAAUAAUGAAUGUAUGAAAGAAUCGAAAUCUUCUAACCACUUAAAACCAAGGAAAAAAAUAUGCGAAGGAAAAAGUAACAUAAAAACCAUAAAAUGCGGAAAGAAACGUUCGAAAAAUAUGAUAGAAUCUGUAAAGAAGGAAGCUAAAACUUCUUGUAAAGAAAAACGAGAAGAUAAAGCAUCGACUUGUAACCAACAUAAAUCUGAAUGUAACAAACAACAACGUGUCAAAUCAAAAAAAUCGAUAUGUGAAGGUAAACAAAACAUCAGGAAGCUACAGUGUGGAAAAAAAUGUUCAGAAGAUGAGAAUAAGAUACCAAAAAGUUCAAAAGGAAAAUGUACGAGGAAAGAGAAUAAGUUAAAGGUACAAAAACUCAAAUGUAACAAACAACAAUCUGUCAAAUCAAAAAAAUCACUAUGCGAAGGUAAACAGAACGUCAGUAAGCUGAAGAGUGAGGAAAUAUGUUCAGAUGAUGAGAAAAAGCUUCCAAAAAGAUCAAAAACAAAAUGUAAGAAAGGUGUGAAUAAGUUAAACAGCAAGGAACAAAAACAUGAUUGCAGCAAAAAGCAAUCUGAGUCUUGUAUAACUAAACAAAAACCAGUGAGUGAAAGUAGAGAGAAAAUAAAUGAAGGAAAAUGUAUUAAAGAAAAAUCUGAAUGUAAAAAGAAUCAGCGCAAAAGCUUGAUAUCAACAAAAAAGUCUGUGUGUAAGGAGGAAAAAAAUAUUAAAACGUUUGACUGCAACGAUAGUUUAAAAAAAGCCAAAGAUCACCCGAAAAAACGGGAAGAAAUACCAAAAAAAUCGAUAUGUGAAGGUAAACAAAAAAUUAAAAAUAUUGACUGUAGCAAAACAAAAAUUGAAUGUGAAAAUGAAUCGAAGUCAGAACCCAAACGCUGUGCAAAAUUAUCACCAGUUGUUCCGAAAACGUCCUCUGAACCAUCAACAAGCUCAAAGAAAACGAAGAAAUUGGAAAAAACUUCCAGUUGGAUGGAGCAGAAUAAGAAAUGUAAGAAAGUUAUAAAGAAAAGAAAAAAAUGCGAUCCACCUAAACGAAAAUUUUCAACGUGCGCAAGUUGCCCCAAUUUGACAUGAAUCUGAAAGGCAAGGUCGCUGUAAAUUUUUAACGUGAAGUUCUACUGUACAUUUUUCAAUAAAUUCCGUUUUUUCUC